AUGUCAUCAAAUAAUCAUCGACCUCAGGUGUCAAAUAAUACUUUACCUGAUACUUAUAAUGAGUUAACAACAUUAAUUAAAGAGUCUCUUGAUGAGCCAGGAAAUAGUCCAACUCAUGAAAGGGCUCUUAAAUCUUCUUUAAAAUAUUUACUUAAUAAUAGACAUAAUCCACAUAUGUUUUGUGAUGAUACAUUAUAUCCAAUUUCAACUUAUAGUUUGAUUUUAUUUUCAUUUCGUCCAACUCAACGCUUAAUAGAAUUAAAACAGCAUCUAUCACAAAGUUUUCAAUGUAAAGAAUGUUUAAGAUGCUAUAAUAAUGCAAAAGCUGAGUUAAGAAAUAAAUUUUUAUUAAUUAAAAGAAUUGAUGUUACUAAUGUUAAUAGUUUUAUUAAUACUUUAAAUAAUUUUGAAUUUGAAAUACUAUCACCUAAAAUAUCGAAAAUUGAAACAAAUAUUAAUUCAAAUUUUGAUGUUGAUGAAAAUGAAUUGUUGCUAAUAUUUAAUUGGUGUUCAAAUAGUACUGAUUUAUUAAGAAAACAGGCUUCAGUUAGAGAUAUAUUUACUAAAAUUAUACAAUAUGUACAAGUUAGGAAAACUUUACCUUUACCAAAUAGAUUAUUACCUGGUUUAUUAUUUCUUUUAUUUGAAGGUAAUAAAGAAGAAUCUUAUUAUGGUAGACAAUGGAUUACCCACUUACAAAAUCAAAAUAUAACGACCAAUAAAGCAACUUUGGGUGAAGCAUUCAUAUUGGAAUUUUCUAUUCAUUUAUAUUAUAUUCAAAAUCCUGACAAUUAUAAUGAUCGAAAAGGUAUACGAUUUUGGACUAUUUUUAAUGAAGUUAUUGAUUUUAUAGAUAAUGAGGCAUUUUUACAAAGGUUAGAUUGUCCACAAGAUAUUGCUAUUAUGAGUCAACAUAGUGAAUUACUAUUUUACCCAUUUGUUAGGCUAUUAACUAACUAUGUAAUGUCAUAUUUGACUGAACCAUUACUUACAUUGUUAAAAGUUUUGGAUAAAUUACUAAUACGACUUGGUACAACAUUCUGGGAAAAGUCAUCAGCUACUCAUAUACAGUUAUUAGAUGGUAUUUUAUCCAAUCCCGAAUUUUCAAGACAACUUCAACAAUCUUCAAUUGAAAGAAAUUUAUUAUCUGAUUUUACAUUGGAAGAUUUAACUUCAUGGAUGCAAUCAUUAAUGAAAUCAUUAGGUUUUGGUCAAAAACAAAAUGUUUGUGCUAGAGUUGGUUCAUUUUUAUUAAGACAACAAUCUGUUGGUAAUUCUUAUAUGUCAACAAAUGAUAUGAGAACUCAAAGAGCUAUGGCUUUACAAGAUUUAGGAUGUCAAACUUUUUUAACUGGUUUAGAAGGCUUUAAUCCUCAUCAUAUCAAAGAUGAAAAGUUGGGAUUGGAAUUAAUGUCAGUAAGAGAUAUUAGAGGUGCAAUUGAAAACGAAUCAGAUCUAAUAAUACUGUUGGCAAUAAAAUCAAAAGAUAAUUCAAAUGCAAUGAAGUUAAUUUUUAAAUUAUUGAUUUAUGAUUUAUCAAUUAUAGUUACAAAUAGUAAAUUAUUAGCAAAUAACCAAAAACCUGUUUCAUUUGAUAUUUUUCCAAUGUUAUGGGAAUCUUUAGCUAAUCUGAAAAUUUACCUGAAUAUUCAUUUUGCAAAAGAAGUUGUUAAAACUUUUCAUUUGAUGAUUUAUGGAGUCAAAUUUUUGAAGGUAAAGCUGUCAUCUGAAGACAAAUUGAUACAAGAAUCAAGAAAAAAGCACAAUGAAAAUAUGGAUAAAAUGGCAGGAUUAAUGACUCAAAUUUUCACAAAAUUUGGAUUUGGUGAUCCAUUAACUAUUCAAGAAAUAUUAAAUGAUACUGAAUGUUUAGAUGCUUUAUGGUCAUGUAUUUUUUCACCAUUAACAAGUCAAUCUGCUCUUGAGUUUAUUAAUGAGUUAUAUGAUGGUAGUGGAAGAUUUGAGACUAUACAAGAAUCAUUAAGUAAAAGUUUAAGAUUGAAUUUGAAGUCAGUCAAUAUUAAUUUGGAAAUUUUAACUCAGUUCGCAAUCUACGAACCUACUCCAAAAGCUGUUAGAAUAUUAAUGGAUAUUAUUAAAUCCUUAACUGAACCAUUAUCAUCAAUUUUGACAUCACCACAAGUUGAAUUUUCAUAUGAACAACUUAUAAAGUUAUGGAAUACAUGCUGGUCGUUUUUAAUCAUGGUGUAUGAAAAAACUUUAAUAUGGGCUGGUCAAUAUCAUUUAGAAGAAUUAAUUGAAUUCACUAGAGAUACUUUAGAUAUUAGUCAUUUAUUAUUAGAUUCAUUUAGAGUUAUAACUGAUAGUAUUAAACCAUGGAGUAAUCAAAAUAUACUGCAAAAAUUAUUUAAAGUUUUCAUGAAUGCUUUUGAAUAUGUUAUUGUUUGGUUAAAAUUAGGUGAUGUUUCUUUAUUAAAUUCAUGUGUUGAUUUAGUUUUUAAAGGAUUUGAAUUAGCUGCAGAACAAAAUUUUACAAUUGACGAUUCAUUUAUUGAUAAAUUUGCAAGAUAUGGUGCAAAGGCUAAAAAGUAUAAUAAUAAAUUAUCAGAAUUACAAAGACAAGCAAUUUUAUCAAAAGCAAGACAAUUUAAUAAUAAUUUAGUUGAUAAGAUUAUAGAUGAAGUUAAUGCAUCAAAGAAAACUGAAUCACCACAACCUGUUCCCAUUGAAAUUAUCGAUGAUAAUAAUGAUAAUGAGGAAGUCAGAUUUGUAUCAAGUAAAUAUAAUGAACCUGAAGAUGUCAAAUUUUUAACCUCAAAAACAAGACCAGGUGCAAGUAUGAAAAAACAAAGUACAUUACAAAGGUUUAUGAGUACAACUGAUGUUAAAGCUGUUGCACCAAUUCCAAAACCAAAACCAUUAUCAAGUUUAGAACAAAUGAGAAAAGCUGUCAAUUUAAAAAGACAAGCUGAAAGUAACCCUGCAAAAUCCGUUUAUAAUCCUGCUCCUCCAAGACCUGCUGGUUUCAAUUCAUCAAAUAAAGAUAGAGAAAUUAAACCGCCUCGACCACCACCUAUAAGUAUUGGUAGAUCAUUAAAUAAAGAAAAACAUAGAAAAGCAAAGAAGGAUUCAUCAGAUGAAGAUAGUGACGAAGCAAGUGAUAAUGAUUUUAGUGAUUUAUUUGUUUCAAAAUCAAAAAAGAAAUCAUUACCUGAAAAGAUUACUCAAUUGGAUGAAAACAUGCAAGAAAUUAAUAAAGCUAGUUUACAAAGAAAGAAAGCAUUAGAAUUAGAAAAACUUGAAAAAGAAAGACAAAGUUUAAGACUUCAUGUCAAUUUAAAACCUUUAUAUACAACAAUAUUAAAAUGGAAUUACAAUUCAAAUAGUGAUUAUCCCGGUCCUGAUAAAUCAAUUUAUCAAAAUGUUAAAGAUACGUACAAUGAUGUUAAAGAAUAUGUUAAAGUUGUUGAACCUUUAUUUUUAUUAGAAUGUUGGCAAGCAAUUCAAUCAAAUAAAAAAACCGUUGAUGAAAAACCAUUUGAGAUAUUAAUUGGUAGUAGAACAAGUGUUGAUGGAUUUUUUGAUGUUUUUGCAUCAAUGAAAAAGCAAAUGGUUCAAGAUAGAAAAUUAACUGAUUCUGAUUUAAUUGUUUUAACAUGUAAAAAUGAGGCAUUUAAUGAUCCACUGGAUGUUAGAAAAUUUAUGAAACAAGAAUCUACAAGAACAUGUUUAGGUAAAAUUAGAGAAAUUAAAUCUGUUAAUCAAGAAUAUUGUGAUGUCACAUUUAGAGUUUUUCCAAUUGGUCCAAUGAUGGCAGCUUUAACUCCAAAAUCUUUAAUUAUUGGUAUGAGAGUAAUGCAAAUGGUUACAAUUGAAAGAGAGUUUACUUCAUUAAAAGGUUUGCAAUGGUAUGAUUUAAAUGAUUCAAUUUUAAGCGCAGUUCCAAAUAAACCAAUAGAUGUAAGUGAUUCAGAAGCAGAUCAUAUGAAGAAAAUCUUUAAUGUUAAUAGGUCUCAAGCUAAAGCUAUUAUGGGAAGUUAUCAAAGUAAUGGAUUUUCAUUAAUUCAAGGUCCACCAGGUACAGGUAAAACUAAAACAAUUUUGGGUAUUGUUGGUUAUUCAUUAUCAAAACAAAGAUCAGACAAAAUUAUAGAAUUACCACAAAAUGGUCAAAAAUCUCAAAAUUCAAAUCAAAAUGAAAAUAAACCAAAGAUUUUAAUAUGUGCUCCAAGUAAUGCAGCUGUUGAUGAAUUAGUAUUAAGAUUAAGAGAUGGUGUUAAAGAUUCAAACGGUCAACAUAUGCCAUUAAAAGUUGUUAGAUUAGGUAGAAGUGAUGCAAUUAAUUCAUCAGUUAGAGAUUUAACAUUGGAAGAAUUAGUUGAUCAAGAAUUACAAACUAAACAAACUGUUAUAAAUAUUGAACCACAAAUUAGAAAAGAUUUUAAUGAAUUAACUAAACAAAGAGAUGAAUUAAGAAAUCAAUUAAAUCAAUCACGUAAUUUGGAUGAGAAAGAAGUAAAAUCACUUGAAACAAAAUUUCGUGAAGUUAAUUUAAAAAGAAAAGAAUUGACUUCUAAAUUAGAUGCACAACGAGAAACAGUAUCAGUUCAAAUUAGACAAAGAGAAAUUGAUAGAAGAAACAUUCAAGCUAAAAUUUUAAAUGAAGCACAAAUUUUAUGUGCAACAUUAUCAGGAUCGGCUCAUGAUAUUGUAGCCAAUUUACAAAUUAAAUUUGAUCAAGUUAUAAUUGAUGAAGCUUGUCAAUGUUUAGAAUUAGGUGCAAUUAUUCCAUUAAGAUAUGGUUGUCAAAAAUGUAUAAUGGUUGGUGAUCCAAAACAAUUACCACCAACUGUUUUAUCACAAGCUGCUGCAAGUUUUAAUUAUGAUGAAAGUUUAUUUGUUAGAAUGCAAAGAAAUAAUCCAGAAUCAGUUUAUUUAUUAGAUGUUCAAUAUAGAAUGCAUCCAUUGAUUUCAGAAUUUCCAAGUAAUGAAUUUUAUAAUUCAAAAUUAUUAGAUGGUGAAAACAUGCUUGAGAUUAAUACAAGACCGUGGCAUAAACAAAAAUAUUUAACACCGUAUAGAUUUUUUGAUAUUGUUAGUAGACAUGAAAGAAAUGAUUUAACUAGAUCAUUAUUUAAUUCUGAAGAAGCUGAUGUGACGUUACAAUUGGUUGAAAAAAUAAUAAUGAUGAUACCUGAUGAACGUAUAACUGGUAAAAUUGGGAUAAUUUCGCCUUAUAAAGAACAAGUUAAAACUAUCAAAGAUAAGUUUAUAAGAAAAUAUGGUAGAACUAUACUUGAUGAAAUUGAUUUCAACACAGUUGAUGGGUUUCAAGGUCAAGAAAAGGAAAUUAUUAUAAUGUCUUGUGUUCGUGCAAGUGCAACUGGUAAUGUUGGGUUUUUAAGUGAUGUUAGAAGAAUGAAUGUUGCUUUAACAAGAGCGAAAUCAACAUUAUGGAUUUUAGGUAAUAAAGAAUCUUUAUCAAGAAAUGAAGUUUGGAAAAGAUUAUUGACUGAUGCUGAAGAAAGAGGUUGUGUUAGUACAGCUUAUGGUGGAUUUUUAAAAGAAGAAGGUACUAAAAGAAACUUCAAUGAUAAUGGUAAUAAAUCAACAAAGAAAAUGAAAACUGCUACACCAACAAAUGGAGGUUUUCUUCCAAAUAAACCAAUGAGAAAUGGACAAUUUCAAACUGCUCAACCAAUACCAGUACAACCUGUUCAACCAAUGCAACCAGUACAACCAGUACAACCAAUGCAACCAGUACAACCAAUGCAACCAGUACAACCAAUGCAACCAGUACAACCAGUACAACCAAUGCAACCAGUACAACCAGUACAAACUCAAGCUCCAAAAGUUGUAUCAAAUGGUGUAUUUAUUAGAAAAAAACAUCCAACACCAUUAAAUAGACAAAUUCCUCCACCAGAUAACAGACCUACUGUUGCUGAAAUUAGAAAUAAGGCUAAUCGUAAUUCGUCUACAACUCCAACUCCAGCUCCUACAUCAACAAAUUCAAAUCCUACUAGAUCUGGAGUUAUUGCUCCUAGAUCACUGGCUUCACCUCCACCUUCUUCAACAACUAUUACUACUGCACCUUCUACAACAAACACAGCAAGACCUAAUGAUUCAAAAUCAAUUGGUCCAACUUCAUCUGGAAUUGUAAAACCACCUCCUACAAGAACUCCAAGUUUGUUCAUUCCAAGAAAACGACCACCACCUAAAAAUUAA